AUGUCUCUGCCGAGUUUACGAUGGCCAGAAACGCUGUAUCGCAAUUCACUCAAGAAGGUUCGCUUGUUUCUAGAUAAAGAGCCGAGUGGCAGAACAGACUGGCGUGUGUUUGACUUGCGUGCUGAAGGUGCAGGCUACGAAGAUGCUGAUUUGGGUGGCAGAGUCCGGCAUCUCGGGUUUGUUGACCAUCAUCCACCGCCUUUUGCAUUGCUUCCAGAGCUGAUUGAUGCUCUACACGAGCAUCUUGACGCACCUGACAUUGUCAAGCCGGUUUAUGCUACAGAAGACAACCUUGUAGCCGAUGGUGCACCGGAAGCAGGUUGCAAGGCGAAUGGCAAACUAGCGGUCAUACACUGUAAAGCAGGAAAAGGCAGGUCUGGACUCACGACUUGUUCUUACCUCGUAACGCAUCGAGGAUUCCGUGAGGAGAACGCCCGCGCUCUAUUCACUGAACGGCGUAUGCGCAAAGGCUUUGGUGAGGGGGUCAGUAUACCUUCUCAACGCCGAUAUCUGCGUUAUGUCCAACGUUGGGUUGAUGAGGGUCGCAUCUACAAGCCUACACGCGUCAGAAUUGAUCGUCUGGAAGUAAGCAAUCUCCGUGGGGGAUGCGUCUUGGCAAUCAAAGGUUUCCAACAAGAUGGAGGGGAGAUCAUACCAAUCUACCGCUUUGAUGACCCACGAGAGAUUGAGCCGGACUCGACGAGCGAUGUGGUCAUCUUGCGUCCAACGAAACCGAUCGAAGUCGACUCAGAUCUGUGCAUCUCACUUGAGCGCGGCAAGGCAUUCGCACAUUUUUGGCUGAAUGCCUUCUUUGAGCGUGGAAAGCCUUUCAAGAUUGAAUGGGAUGAAGUGGAUGGUUGGCGGGGAACAAAGCUCCGCGGACCUUUCCGUGCCUACGACUCUGUGCGUGUGCACUUUACAGAGCUUUGA